AGGUGGCAGUGCCUUGAAAUUGAUACGUAACUGCGCAUGUGCGACAUUUCAUAACAAACAUGGCGUACCACCUGAUUCGAGACGCUAUUGCAGGGCUGUACCGUGUCCCCGGGAGGAUACUAAUGCAACAUAGCAGGGGAGCCAUAAACUGUUCCCCCGCUGCCUGGAUGUGCAGCUCAACGACGCAACCGAAGGGUUCAGCGAAAGAACACGCAUCUGGCGGGAGAACCGAGGAGGAAACUACGGAGAGACCUGAAUACAUCCCCAGCAGAAAGGCGAAGAACCCCAUGAUGAGUAUAGGCUACGCUUGGAUUAUAGGUCUACCCAGCGGCAUCAUCGCCUUUGUUCUUGCCAAGAGACAAGUGGACAAAAACAGACUAAAGCAGCUCAAAGUCCGUCAGAGGAUGAAACUGUCGAAUGAAGGAGACUAUGAAGGGAGCCGCUACCGCCACCAAACCAAAGAGGUCAAACUGGACCAGUGACGUGAUGCAGAUGGGAUUCAAAAGAUUAAAACUAAGUUUUAAAGAGUAUAUUUAAAGAUCAUUUAAAUCAUUUAUUUUUUUUGAUACGAACAAGCAGUGGCGUGUCUUUAUUGAUAACUUGGAUUUUCAGCAGCUCAGCCUCCGACUGUGUCUGAGGUCCACAACUGGACUUGGUUUUGAUUGUGUUUUCCUGAGUAGAGAACCCCCCUCCUGCUGCUGCUCAUUUUGACCAUUUAUGAGAAUAAAUGCAAAAACAAAAA